AUGGACAAGUGCGUGAUUUCGCCACCUGAGGCCACGGAAUUGCACUGCGGGAACUGUCGCACCGAUCUGCCGUACAGUCAGGAGACAUGGUCGGCUAUUCAUCAGCUGCUAUCUAGGGACUGGUUCGCACGUCUCUGGAUCAUGCAAGAGAUUCAGCUCGCAGAGGACGCCAUCCUAUACUGCGGCCGCGACCACGUCCACUGGACACACUUCCGGUCCGCCCUCCUGUGUCUCUGGAACAAGCAAGAAAUCCCCGCUUUCUUCCCGCGCGAGAGACUGGCCCUCGUCGAGCGGCUCGCAUCGCCCAUCCACCUCAGCGCCCCGAUAUCUAACACCUUCACGUGCGCCGACAGCCGCCGCUGCAAGGACCCGCGCGACCUAAUCUACGGUUUCGUCGGGCUCCUCCCGCCGUCGUUCCGCGCCAGGAUCCGCCCACAGUACGGCCUGCCGGUCGGGCGGGGCUACAUGGAGACGGUGCUCGCGCACAUCCAACACGUCCAGCGUUUGGCGCUCCUGCGCUCGUGCUACCUCGAUCGACGCGUCGUCGUCAACACGCCGACCUGGGUUCCCGACUUCUCAUCCCCGAAGGUCGUCGCCAGGCAAGCCGCCUGGCAGUUCGCCGCCGGGUUCUCGAGCUGCUGGGCCGAGUUCUGCGCUCCUGACGUCCUCAAGGUGGCGGGCGUCCGGUGCGCGACCGUCAGGAGCUUGUCCCCGCCGAUUCCCAGCGAUAAGGUCAAUGUGGAGUCCGCCAUCCCAGCGCGGCUGCGGACGAUUAGGGAUCUGGAGCCCGAGGAUCUGCUGACGGCCCCUCCUUACGUGAUGGGCGAACCGUUCAAGGUCGCGUAUGCGAAAACGCUCAUUGGGAACUACCUCCACGAGAGAUUCCCUCUCCAGACCCUGCCUGAUCUGGAGACUUGGGUGGCUCAGGAGUCGGCGAAUGUCAUGUUUGGCGAGCUUGCGAGAUCGACCGAUGCCGGAAGAGACCUCAUCUACGUCAUCCUCGGCUGCGAUUCGCCAAUGCUGCUACGGCCCCUACCAAACGGAUCCACCGUAGUCGGGGAAUGCUUCGUGUACGGCCUCAACGACGGCAUCGCGCUGCUGGGACCGUUCCCCGAGCACUGGCGGGUGCAGAAUCUCAACGAUUUCACGGGUCAGUUUGGUACCUACAGUUUUUUCAAUGCCCAGACUGGGGCGCUUUCCGACGAGGAUCCCAGCCUAGGACCUCUCAGGGGCUGGGAGAGGAUGAGCGUUGUGAGGACGGGAGACGAUCCGGCCACGUUCCAGUGCUUCAGAAACAAUAUAACUGGGGAUGUCAUCAAGUCGGAUCCAAGGGUGAGUCCGGAAGGUUUGGCUGCACGCGGCGUGGAAGUCGCGACAUUCUCGCUAGUAUAGGCCCCCUCGAUGGUGC